AAAUCACCCAAUUAUUUUCCACUUCAAUGCUUUUCCAGUACCAAUUCAUUCUAUAACAUAAUCCUUUGCCAUGUUCUGUUUCCACCCCAAUCCCCGCCGGAACCACCGACAUUACUGCCACUCUUCUUCCUCUGAUUCCCACUCUCCAUACUCACCCCAUCCGACAAGACGCUACCUUUCUCCAACCCACCUCGCCUCCGCUAGAUGCAUAUGAAUCCAAAACCUUCACCGCUGCAAAACUAUUUCUCUGCCGAUUCCCACUCGCCACCACCGAAUCAUGAUCACACUCUUCAUCACCACCGCCGGCCACCAGCACAACCACCACUACCGUGAACUAUCUCCUCCACCACCACAACCCCAACCCCAACUUCCUCCUUCACCCUGGCAAGCCCAAAAUCCCUAUUUUAACCCUACACUCGGAAUCCAACAAAAUAUUAUUCGGUUUAAUGUCACCAUAAAAUCACUGAAGGGUCACAACAAUGGUGCAAGUACUCCAACCCUUUGACCACCGAAACGACAACGUCGAAGCGCGUUUUCCAGUUCAUAAGCUCGGGACACUUGAGGCUCCGUUUCUGGCCAUGCGUCGCGCGCCAUCGUCGUGUUGGGUGGUUCUGCCGCUGUGGACGUCAUCUUCCUCGGCUGGUUCUGUUUCCCACCACGUAUAAUCGACGGCGUUCAGAGUUCAUGUUCCGCAUUCAGGUUGGACCACUAGAGUGUCAUCGGUGUACUCCCCCAUGAACUCCUUAAGCUUCUCCUUCACACUCUCCUUCAACUUCACUGCACCAUCGGCGGUGAAAUUCGCCUUGAAAAAAGAAGAUGUAAGUCAACAAGAACAAGGAUAAAAGCAUGUGUAAUCCGAUUCCUGAUUUUAUACAAGAACGUAUUUUCGACUUGGUAACUGAGAAACUUGUAGUUGCAUGGAAGAAGUAUGCAAGCAAUCCGGUGGACUAUGUGGUGAACAACAAGAAGAAACUUAAGAAGCUAGAGAAAGACAUAAAUGAUCUCGAGGAGGAUAGAAACAGGGUAUGUGGAAAAGCCGAGGAGCAUGAAGUACGAUUCGGGAGAGAAGUAUAUCAUGUUAAGGCAUGGUUGCGUCAGGUAAAAGCCAUAGUCGAUGAACAUGACAAGUUGAAAGAAGGUAGGCAAAAACACUUUGUGGCGUCCUUCCUAAAUCCAAUUCAAAGGUAUGUCUGGAGCAAAACAGCAGAAGAGAUUAAAGGGACGGUUGGAGAGCUACAAAAUGAAAAGUGUGAUAUUAUUAUAUCUUCUUGGCAAGAUCUAUCAUCCAUCGGUGUUGCGACUUCUGAAUUUGAUGAUAUACCUUUAAGAUCAAGAGAAAAAACCAAGAAAAAGAUCAAGGAAUCAUUGGAAGACCUUAAUGCAAGAUUGAUCGGUGUUUUUGGGGUAACUGGUGUGGGAAAGACCACUUUGGUAAAAAGUGCUACUGCUCUGUUGGAAAAGCCGAACAAGUUCGAUGUGGUGAUAACGGUUAAAGUGACAAAAUGUCCUGAUAUAAAAAGGAUACAAGGCCAAAUCGCUGACAUGCUGGGAGUGAAGUUUGAAGGGGAAAGUGAGCAUGCAAGAGCAAUCACCAUACAAGAGAAGCUUAAGAAUGAGAAGGACAACAUCCUUAUAAUCCUAGAUGAUCUAUGUGCAAAAAUAGAUCUAAAUUCAUUGGGGAUUCCAUCACCAACCGAUGAUCUUGGUCCUCUUCUCUUGACAAAAGGUGAAUCUUCUGCUGACAAACAAACUGAUGGAGCAGAUAAUGAGAGAGAAACUUCCAUACAAGAUAACAGGCAAAAAACUCACACAAAAACUAUCUUCAAUGGCUAUGGCAAGUUGAAAACAGAAGAGGGUAGCAGGGGGUAUAAGAUUUUUUUGAUUUCUGAUCUGAGACAAGUAUUGACUGAAAUGGAUGUGAAGCUAGAGCUUAUUAUCCAUGUGAAACUCUUAAAUCCUAAGGAUGGAGAGACACUGUUCAAGGAGAUGGCUGGAAUAGGAGCCAACAAUUCUGAAAUUGAAACAUUAGCAGCAGAAAUAGCCAAGAAGUGUCAAGGUUUGCCGAUGUCAAUAAUUACAACUGCAAGGGCAUUGAAAAAUCAGAGCCACUUAGUUUGGAAGGAUACUCAUCGAGCUCUUGAAAAGCUUGAAGAGGAAAACCAAUUAGCAGCACCUGAGUAUUCUACAAAGUUGAGUUAUAGGCUUCUAGAAAAUGAGGAGCUCAAGCUUACCUUCUUGCUUUGUGCCCGUAUGGAUCAUGACGCAUUGGUUGCAGAUUUGGUGAGAUAUUGCAUUGGUUUGGGUUUUCUUCACGGUGUCUACUCAGUUUGGGAAGCCAGAGACAGAGUACAAAUGCUACUCGUCAAGUUAAAACAGUCAGGUUUGUUGUCUAACAGUUAUUAUUCAAGUGAUCGUUUCACCAUGCAAAAUCUUGUUCGUAAUGCAGCUUUGUCAAUAUCAUCUGAGGAGAGGCAUGUGUUCAUGAUGAUCGAAGAAAAACUAGAUGAAUGGCCUGAUGAGGAUCUACUUAAAGAGUACACUGUUAUUUCCUUACAACGUUGUAAUUUCAUUGAGAGAUUUCCUGUCAACAUGUGUUGUCCUAGUCUUAGAGUCUUUCAUAUUGAAAAUAAUGAUCCAUCUUUACAAAUACCAGAUAAUUUCUUUCAAGAAAUGAGAGAACUUAGGGUGUUGAUUUUGGUUGGGUUCAACCUUCUAUCAUUGCCUUCCUCAAUUAAAAACCUAAAAAAACUAAGAAUGCUUUGUUUCGAGAAAUGCAUUUUAGGUGAAGGUGAGCAAUUAGGUGUCUUGGGAGAAUUAAAGAAUUUAAGAAUACUAAGCUUUUCAAGAUCUGAUGUCAAAGUUUUGCCUGAUGAGCUAAAGCAUUUAUCUAAGCUUCAAAUCUUUGACAUCAGUAACUGUUACAAGCUUAGAGAGUUUCCACAUGAUGUAAUGAAAAGUUUGGCUAGGCUUGAGGAGUUGUAUGUGAGAAACACUCGCAUUCAAUGGAAGGCAAAUGACAGUGUUCUAUCUGUGUUGGGUGAUCUGAAUCAAUUAAAAAAUCUAGACCUGCAAAUCCCAAGUGUUGAGCAUCUACCCAAGAAUUUGUUCUUUGACAAGUUGUACAGUUACAAGAUUAUCAUUGGCUCUUUAAAUAGAUAUUUAGAGGCUGAUUUCAAGAUUCCAGAUAAGUAUGACCUGUCAAGAUGUUUGGCAUUAUGCCAAAAGGAUGGCGGCUUUGACAUUCAUUCCGAGGAGGCAAUCAAAAUGUUGUUUGAAAGAGUUGAAAUCUUGUUGCUGCAAAACUUGAAUGGUGUCCAAGAUGUUUUUUAUGAGUUGAAUCUAAAAGGAUUUCCUUAUCUUAAACGUUUAUCCAUUGCAAGCAACAAGAGUGUUCGCUCUCUCAUUAGUCAGCAGAGGCAGCAUUCUGAUCAGGUGAUUUUUCCCAAAUUGGAGUCAUUGUAUCUCUAUAAGCUUAGAAAAAUGGAGAAAAUUUUCUCUUGUCAGCCACUCUCAGAAGGUUCCUUUGGUAAUUUGAAAAUGAUCAAGAUCAAACUCUGUGGUUGCUUGAAGAACGUUUUCUUAAUGUCUAUGGUUGGACUUCUAAUUGCUCUGGAGACAAUUGAAAUUUCAGAAUGUAACUCUUUGAAGGAGAUUAUUGUUAGAGAAACAAAUAAUCAUAAUGAAACAGAGCCUAUUCUUAAGUUUCUCAAACUUCGUUCUUUAAAGCUGCAAUCUUUAUCCAAGUUUAUUGGGUUCUAUCCAAUUUCAUCUGAAGAAGAUACCAGAUCACUGUUUCAUGACAAGAUUGAAGUUCCGGAGCUAGAGAGAAUGGAAUUGUCUAUGCUCCAAAUCAAACACAUAUGGAGUGAUCAAAUAUUGGCUUGUCAUACCGUCGACCAAAGAACUUCUUCUUUUCAUCAAAAGUUGACGAGACACUUUAGCAAGAAGCGCCACACUAUCAAAGAAACUUAUUCUUCCUUUCAAAAUUUGAUGCACCUCAACGUGAAUGGUUGUUGGAAUUUAGAAAGCCUAUGGUCUUUCUCUGUUGCUAGACAUUUGGUGAAUCUUCAAAGCCUUUUUGUUACUGAUUGUAAGAUGACCAACAUCUUUUCCGAGUAUCAAGGCGGUGGUGACGCUAAAACAAAGAAGCAGGAUGCCAUUUUUCCAAACUUGAAGACCGUCAAGCUGAGUAACAUGAAGAGAUUGUGUAAGAUAUGGAAUUCUGAUGAAACUCCUGAAAUUUCCUUUGGCAAACUGAAUACUCUGAUCAUUGAUAAGUGUGAUGAAUUGGUCAAUGUAAUUCCUCAUAAUAUGGCCCAAAGAUUGUCUAGUUUAAGUUGCUUGAGGGUUACCAACUGCGCGUCAAUCAAAGUUAUAUUUGAGGAAGCUGAUGAUGAUGAUAAAAAACAAGAUGCUAUGCAUAACAUCAAGUUGCAAGAUAUUCAUUUAGAAACACUCCCAAAACUGGAAAAUGUAUUCAAAUGGAAGAAAGAAGUAAAAUGGAGUGAUCUCAAAUUGCAAAAGAUAUGGGUGGAUGAUUGUGGAAGGUUGGAAAACAUAUUUUCAGUUUCUGUAGUCAAGAAUGUUGAAAUAAAGAUUGAAAGCCUUGAAAGCUUUGUGGUAUCAGAUUGCUACCAAUUGAGGGAAAUAGUCGGCAAGAGAAAAGAUGCUGUCAUCAACUCAAGUAGUCCUAUUCAAUUUGAGUUUCCUAAAUUGACUACUGUUAAGUUUUUUGGAUUAUCAAAAUUCAAGAGUUUCUAUUCAUCAGGAGCUUAUGAAUUACGUUGUCCAACAUUAAAGGACCUAUCUAUUAAAAGUUGUGACUUGUUGGAACUAUUUGAAGAAACCUCAUCACAUGCAGAAAUAAAGAAUGUUCUUUUUCCAGAAAAUUCUAAAACUGGAAAAGUUAAAGUAAAAGUAAAGGAGGUAAUCAAUAAUAAGUUAAAAUCAAUGCACAUUGAAUCACGAUAUCUCGUCGGGUCAUCAAUGGACUAUGACUACAGAAGGGAUAGCUUAGAAGAGCUUCAGUUGUCUCGACUGAACAAUUCUGAUAUUAUAUAUUCUUUCCUUCAUUGCAAUCCUAACCUCAAGAGCUUACGCUUGGAUGAUUGUGACUUUGAAGAGUUGAAGUCUGGUGGAACAAGAAGGCCCGUUAUUGGGGUAGUGCCAAAGUUGAAAAGCUUGACAUUAACAAACAUGUGUUAUCUUGAGAAAAUUUGCUUUGAACAAGAUGCAGUUCUUCAAAAGAUAGAGUCGUUGGUUAUAAACAAUUGUUUAAGUUUGCACACUAUAGCACCUUCGUCUGUGUCUCUCGCUCACUUGACAAUUCUAGAAGUGGUUGACUGUGAGGAGUUAAAAUAUGUGAUGUCACCAUCAACUGCCAAAAGCUUGGGUCAACUCAAAACCAUGAAGGUAAUCAAUUGUAAAAAUCUAGAGGAAAUUGUUUCAGAGAAAACACAAGAAGAAGAGGAUUCUGAAUCUGUAGAGGAAGAGGAAACACAAGAAGGACAGGAAGAAAAAGAAAAUGUAGGCACGGAGAUUCCCAUCAUUUUCAAACAAUUGACAACUCUUGAGCUUGUGUCAUUGAAAAGCCUUAAUAGUUUCUGCAGCUCCGAGAAUUGUGCCUUUAAAUUCCCAUCACUGGAGAAUUUUAUUGUGAGUGCAUGCCCCAACAUGAAAAAUUUCUCUAAAAAGAAAGUCGAGUGUGGGCCAAAUUUGCAAAAAAUAUAUUAUGUGCAUGACAAAGAGAAAAAGAGAUGGUGCUGGCUCGAAGACAAUAUAGGAUCUACAAUAAGAUACAUAUUUGACAAUAUGAAUUUUUUUGAAGGCAUGAAUGAGUUGGAUUUGGAUUUUGAUAAAGAUCUUCUAAAACCAAUCUGGCUAAGUAAAGAAGGUUCCCGAAAAGAUUGGUUUUCCGGUUUAAAAUCUCUGACGCUAUAUCACUGUGAUGCAUCUAAUACGCAUGUAAUUCCGUCAAAUGUCCUCUGUUGUUUGAAGAUCUUACAAGAACUUCAAGUACGGGAAUGCAAGUGCAUAGAAAGCAUUUUUGAGAUGGAUGACACUAAGAGCUGGGAAUCAUCAUUCCAACUGAAGAAGCUAAGUUUAACGGAUCUACCAAGUCUGAAGAGUGUGUGGCAACAUGACAAACGAGAAAUCCUUCUAGGCUUUCAAAAUCUGCAGCAGGUCAUUAUCGAAGAUUGUGAUAAAUUGACAAGUGUGUUUCCUACAGUCUUGGCCAGAGAUCUUAAAAAGCUCGAGGAACUCCAUGUAAGCGAUUGCUCUGAGUUGCAAGAACUUGUUGAAGACGUGGAAGGAUCAGAAACGUUUAAGUUUCCUCGUUUAACCACACUGAAACUAUCAAAGUUGCCACAACUAAGUGACUUUAAGUCUGGAAGAUUGACUCUGGAGUGCCCCGAGUUAAAGCAGCUGCAGCUGUUUCCGAAGCAACAACAAAAAUAUCCCGAGGGCGGUAUUUCCAAGGUGGAGAAGUUGUGGCUCGAUCCAAGUCACACUUGGGCGAAGAAGUUUAUGAAUCAAGGUGGCUUUCAUCACUAUUUAAAUGAACUUUACCUUUGGUACUUUGGAGAGAACUCUACUUCACCAUUUGAGAUACUUGCUGAUCACAAGAUGCUUCCCAAAUUAGAGAUUAUUGAUUUAUAUGGGAACAAAUGCAAAACCAUGAAUAUUCCCAAAGAAGUGGGUGAGAGGAUGCUUGACUUGAAAGAAUUGAAGUUGUCCUCACUAGAUGAGCUGAACUCCAUUAGUGGGCUAGAGUACUUGUUAAAGCUGCGGCUAUUGGAGGUUUAUGAAUGUCCAAAAUUGACAACAGUAUUAGUACUACAUUCAUGCUCCAAUCUGAAAGAAUUGCAUAUAAAGCACUGUGAUGGAUUGGAAUGUUUAUUGACAUCCUCAGCAGCAAAAAUGCUAAUACACCUUGAGGAGUUGAAAGUUGAAUACUGUAUGUCAUUGAAAGAAAUAGUGGGAAAAGAAGAAGAAAGUGGGACGGAAGACAUUAUUGAAUUUAAGCGCCUACACAGGAUAACUCUUAAAUAUUUGGAAAGGCUGGAAUGCUUUUAUUCAGGGAAUGCCACACUGAAUUUGCCCUCUUUAAUUCGAGUGGACAUAGUACGGUGCCCCAAGAUGAAAAUUUUUUCUCAAACAGAAAUAAAUGUGAAACCACCAUUAUUUCAAGUAUUUUACUCCUCUUAUGAAGUUGAAAGAUUGUUCCUCGAUGAUCUAAAUGUAGCUGUUGCAUGCCAGUUUCUACAACAGCAGAUGUAUCUUGAUCUUGGGGAUCACCCAGAGCUAAAAGAUUUAUGGCUUGAUAAAAUGCAUAUCCCAGCUGAGGCCUACUCCUUUGGUGUCAGAUUGGAACGUCUGGUGGUAAAAGGGUGUAAUGAAUUCUUUACAACCGCAAUAUUUCCUUCUCAUUUACGUCCCUUCCUCAGUCAAUUAGAAAGGUUGGAGGUGCAGGGAUGCAAUUCUGUUGAGGCCAUAUUUGAAAUUAAAGAUACAACAACAAAUGUUGUUAUUCCUUUGAAGAAAUUGACUUUGGAGAAACUUCCAACUCUGAGGCAUGUUUGGAACAAAGAUUUUGAAGGAAAGCUCAGACUUCCCAAACUGGAGGAGGUUAUUGUUGAUGAAUGUGCAAGCAUAAAAUCGGUGUUCCCAGAAUCAGUUGGCAAGGGUAACAUACAAAGGUUAGAAGUGAAGAAUUGUGCAGAGUUAGUUGAAAUUAUCACUGGAGAUGAUGUAGCCAAACAGGUUAGCAUCUUCUCCACGCUAUGUUGUCUGAAAUUGGUGAAUUUGCCAAAUUUGGAAUGUCCAUUACUAUCGCAGUUGCUACCUUCUCUUUAUAAAUUAGAAGAGUUAGUGGUUCAAAAAUGUGGUUCCUUUAAGAUUAUAUUUGAUGUGAAAGAUGCGCCAACAAAUGAAGAAGAUGCAAACGUGAUUACUGUUAUUCCUUUGAAGAAAUUGACUUUGGAGAAACUUCCAACUUUGAACCAUGUUUGGAAAGGAAAGCUCAGUCUUCCAAAAUUGGAGGAGGUUAUUGUUGAUGAAUGUGCAAGCUUAAAAUCCUUGUUCCUAGAAUCAGUUAACAUACAGAGGUUAGAAGUGAAGAAUUGUGAGAAGUUGGUUAAAAUUGUCUCCAUAGAUGAACUAGCCAAAGAAGAAGAAGCACAUAAACAGGUUAAUAUCUUCUCCAAGCUAUCUUGUCUGAAGCUGUGGAAUUUGCCAAAUCUGAGCUACAUUUAUCAUGGAAUGGAAUACUCUGAAUUUUCAUUAUCAAAUGCAUUACUACCUUGGCAUAUGCUACCUUCCCUUCAUAAAUUGAAAGAGUUGGUGGUUGGAAAUUGUGGUUCCUUUGAGACAAUAUUUGAUGUAAAAGAUGCUCCAACAAAUGAAGAAGAUACAAAUAUGAUUACUGGUAUUCCUUUGAAGAAAUUGACUUUAGAACAGUUGCCAACUCUAAGCCAUAUUUGGAACAAAGAUCCUAAAGGAAGUAGUCUCAGCUUUCUAUGUCUGGAGAAAGUGAUUGUGAAUGGAUGUAAACGCCUCACAAGCUUGUUGCCAGCAUCAGUGGCCAUGUCUAACAUAGAAGAGUUAGAUGUGAGAAACUGUGAGGAAUUGGUUGAAAUUGUUACAAAAGAUGAAACAGACAAUGAAAAAACUACAAAUAAGGAGCUUAUUAUGUUCUCUGAGCUAAUCUCAUUGACUCUGCACAAUUUGUCAAAUCUUACACACAUUUAUGCUGGAAUGCAAAUUUUAAAUUGGCCAGAGUUAAUAAAAUUUGAUGUUUCUCAUUGUAACCUGAUAAAGAAAUUCACAGAUUCUGCUGCAAAGGUUGUUACCCCUCACUUACAGCAACUGUCAAUAGACAAGGCAGGUGUGAUGAUGCUUGACAAAGAACUGCUUCAUUUGGACCCCCAAAACAUAAAAUAUCUGACAUUGCAAGGCUUUAAUGAUAUUCAUGACUCAGAUGCCGCAUCUGUCUUUGAUUUCUUUCCAAAGGUUCCACUUCCCAAUAUUCAGAUGCUUGGAGUGGCUGACAGUGCUUUCAAAGAUAUAUUCCCCUCACAAAAGCCUGAGAUUAUUCAUUCACAGUCACAACUGCUGCUUAUUAGCAAAUUGGAACUGAGGAAUCUGCACAAGCUUGAAUCUAUUGGGUUAGAGCUUACCUGGGUAACCUUUUCUAAUCUCACAUCGCUAAAACUUGAGGGUUGUGCAUCUUUGAAGUGUUUGUUCACUUCUUCAACCUCCAAAUGUCUUGAUCAACUUGAACAGUUGCACAUAUCCAACUGUGAAGCACUCGAAAAUUUAAUGGUGGAUUAUCAACCACAUGAUAAUGAUCAUGAUGUCAUCAUAUUUAAAAGUCUUUUUGAACUGUCUCUUAGCCAGUUACCAAAACUUGAGAGCUUCUACAAAGGAAACUCAACUUUGAAUUUUCCAUCUCUAUGGAUAGUCGAGGUUACUGAAUGCAACAGAUUGGAGUAUAUGUUCACAUUCUCAACUGCCAAAAGCUUCAAAAGUUUGAUUCAGAUGAAGAUUUCCAAAUGUGAGUCAUUGGAAACAGUAGUAUUAGCAACACAAGAGGCAGACGAGCCACAUGAGCUCACAUUCCCAAACCUCGGGUACCUGUUUCUAAGCGAAUUGCCAAAACUUGGAAGCUUUUUCACGGGAAAGUCAACUUUGAAAUUCCAAAACGACUUGAUUGUUGAGAUCAGUCAAUGCAAGAUCAUGAAAACUUUCUCACACGGUGGCGUGGAAGCACCUCGAUUACGGGAGGUGGAGAUAGAUGGAUUGAGUUGCUCGACAGAUAAUCUAAAUGUUGCAGUCAGUCAAGAAUUUGAGAAACGAACGAAACAUCAUUGAUGAGUUAAUUAGUACAAUCAUAAUUUAAUAUGAAAUUUGUUGCUUGCUAAGAGAAGCUUAUUUUCAAUGCAUUUGUUACCAGCAAAACUAGUAGUCUAAUCAAGGAGCAACGGACAAAUAAAUAAGAAUGGUUGGUUCUAUGCGACACCAAUUGCAGCAAUUAAUAGGAUAUAAGUGGAUCCCAUCAUGGCAACAAAUAUUCAUUUCUGUUUGAGUAGUGUGGUGUGGUGUGCAUGAUAUGAAUAAGUUCCCUGUAUCACUAUGCAGGAAGAAGUGUGUGAUUGCCUUUUAAGUGGCAUAGCUAUAAACUAAGUGUGUUUUUAUCAAUUAAAUUAUAUCUUGUAUUUUAUACAAGAUGUAAGGUGUGUGCGCUUUGUAAUUUAUUGAGAAUACUAGUGUGUUUUUAUGUAUGACAGUGAAUGGUAAUAAUUUUAUACCAUUCAAGGAUUGUGAUUUGUGAUGAAGUCGUAAGAAGAGAAUGCUCUGAAAAUAAAGUUGAGAAUGGUAUGUAGAUAUAUUUCUAC